AUGGCCCCCAAGCCGGCCCAUUUCGAGGAAUGGUGGCUCACCGCCGGCCUCGACGCCCUCACACGCCUCGUCGACAACCGUGACAUCGCCUUUCGUCCUCGCGACGUUGGCUACGUGCAGGUUAUUCACCGCAAGCUGCGCGCGUUCGACAACGACCCAACCCUCGAGGACAGCCUAACAGAGAGCAUGGCGUCCAUCUACACCGAGCAAAAGGCCUUCCCCAGCGGUGACUUCAACCCCCGCAGAAAGAUGAGCGAGGCACGCGACUCCAUCUUCCGGCGCCUCGAGGACGGCGGCAUCGACGUCGGCCGCGCGCUCGACGGCCUCGAGAAACUCGACGUGGUGGAGACGCAUCGCCGGAGACUCCUCGCGGCGACCCAGGACGCCAUCCGCAAAGGCGGCACGCCAGACGAGUAUCACCGGCGGCUCAUUGACGAGCUGGACCGCCAGACGAGCAACCGAUACCGCCAAUUCCACAUGGGUCUUCGGGCCUGCAUUCUCAUGGACGCUCUGUGCCCGAGCACGGGCACCAAAAAUUCCCCCGUGGCGGUCAUGGCGCGCCUCAACGCCCUCUUCCCGGCAAACGCCAUCCUUGAGUGCGAGACUGACGUCGACGUCACGCCAUACUCGGCCGGGCUGCGGGACAGCAUCCGCUUCUCCGUCUACGAACACCUGAUGGGGGAGGACCCGCACGCCCAGGAAGCCCUGCAGGCCAUCUACAUGCGCCUCUUUGCGUGGUGCGACAUCCCCGGGUACGCACAGGCGUAG